GCCAAUUUGGGAACCCCUGGAUUAGGCUACCUGUCCUGCACUGUGUAGUUCCUCCUCGUUGUUGGCAGAAGGUGAGGCACUUCCGCUCUGUGACUCCGCUGCCGGAUGACGUGGCUGUACGGCAAGAACAGCACUAGCGGUGGCGGACUGUGAGAGAGACAGAGAGCAGCUCAAAAUCUACCACUGACACAGACCGAGGAAGAAGAAAGGGGGGAUAGCUUGAAUUGAACUGGAACCCCGAGUCUCUUGAAAGCGUUUCCGAAGCACGAUGGCGACGAUCAGGAUAAAGCUGUUGUUGUUGGUGCUGUCCGCUGUGGAUAUGCUGCUGCCGGUCUGGGCGGAUGAACACGAACACACGUAUACAGAUACAGAAGAAGUCGUCUUGUGGAUGAACACAGUUGGACCGUACCACAACAGACAAGAAACAUACAAGUACUUUUCACUGCCCUUCUGUGUCGGGACAAAAAGGGCUAUUGGCCAUUACCACGAGACACUAGGAGAAGCUCUCCAAGGAGUUGAACUAGAGUUUAGUGGGCUGGAUAUCAAAUUUAAAGAUGAGGUUCUGCAAACAACAUACUGUGAAAUUGAGCUGGAUAAAGGAAAACGAGAGGCCUUUGUUUAUGCCAUAAAGAACCAUUAUUGGUACCAGAUGUAUAUCGAUGACUUGCCAAUCUGGGGCAUUGUUGGAGAAGCAGAUGAAAAUGGAGAAGAUCAUUACCUGUGGACCUACAAGAAACUGGAAAUUGGGUACAACGGCAAUAGAAUUGUAGAUGUGAAUCUGACAAGUGAAGGAAAAGUCAAGCUUGUGCCAAAUACAAGAAUUGCAAUGUCUUACUCUGUAAAAUGGAAAAAGUCAGAUGUAAAAUUUGAAGACAGAUUUGACAAGUAUCUCGAUCCAUCCUUCUUUCAACACAGAAUUCAUUGGUUUUCGAUCUUCAAUUCCUUCAUGAUGGUUAUUUUUCUGGUGGGCUUGGUUUCCAUGAUUCUGAUGAGAACGUUACGGAAAGAUUAUGCAAGAUACAGCAAAGAGGAAGAGAUGGAUGAUAUGGAUCGGGAUCUGGGGGAUGAGUAUGGAUGGAAGCAGGUUCAUGGAGAUGUUUUCAGGCCAUCUGGCCACCCCCUCAUGUUCUCAUCUCUGAUUGGGUCUGGCUGCCAAAUCUUUUCAGUCUCCAUGAUUGUUAUUAUUGUAGCAAUGAUUGAGGAUCUGUAUACUGAGAGAGGAUCAAUGCUUAGUACUGCUAUUUUUGUCUAUGCUGCAACAUCACCAGUAAAUGGUUAUUUUGGAGGAAGCUUGUAUGCUAAACAAGGAGGCAGAAGAUGGAUAAAGCAGAUGUUCAUUGGGGCCUUCUUGAUUCCUGCCAUGGUGUGUGGAACUGCGUUCUUCAUCAACUUCAUUGCCAUGUAUUACCAUGCCUCAAGAGCGAUACCGUUUGGGACAAUGGUUGCUGUGUGCUGUAUCUGCUUCUUUGUGAUUCUUCCACUGAACCUGGUUGGAACAAUUCUAGGCAGAAAUUUGUCUGGGCAACCCAACUUCCCAUGCCGGGUGAAUGCUGUGCCACGUCCAAUCCCAGAGAAGAAAUGGUUCAUGGAGCCAGCUGUUAUUGUUUGUCUUGGUGGGAUUCUGCCGUUUGGCUCAAUCUUUAUUGAAAUGUAUUUCAUCUUCACCUCGUUUUGGGCUUACAAAAUCUACUAUGUCUAUGGCUUCAUGAUGCUGGUCCUGGUCAUUCUCUGCAUUGUGACAGUCUGUGUGACCAUUGUGUGCACCUAUUUUCUGCUCAAUGCCGAAGACUAUAGGUGGCAAUGGACAAGCUUUCUUUCUGCAGCCUCGACUGCAGUCUAUGUUUAUAUGUAUUCCUUCUACUACUAUUUCUUUAAAACUAAGAUGUAUGGCUUGUUUCAAACAUCAUUCUACUUUGGAUAUAUGGCAGUGUUCAGCACUACUUUGGGGAUAAUGUGUGGAGCUGUUGGUUUCAUGGGAACAAGUGCCUUCGUUAGAAAGAUCUACACAAAUGUGAAAAUUGAUUAGAAGAAGCGACAGCACUGGGAACUGCAGAUCAGUGGCUGCUUUUCUUACUGGGCAGGAACUUGCACAACUCAUUUUGCAAGAAGAGAUUGUGUAUAUUACUGGGUACAUUGUGGGUCUCCAUUUUAUGGAUGACUUCAAAGAAACAUCUAUUUCCAUCAAUCCUAAGUUCUUAUUGACUGCUUUCAACAACUUUUCAUGAGAGCAAAUGCUUGGGUUACAUGCAGUAUGCAUUUACAACACAGUGCUAAUUUCCCCCCCCCCAAAAAAACAAGCUCAUUAAUGAUGAAUAGUCUAGCUCUCUUCAGUGAAGAGGACAAACAGUUUAUUGAAAGCAUUUUGUUCUAUUAUAAGAGGGAAACUUGGCUGCUUAAACUAGUUGACCUGGAGUCUUUCUGGUGUGUUUUCAUCCAGAAAGCCUUAAUUCUAGUUUCAGUAACCAUUGCUAAAGUACGGCUGUUUCUUUUGUUUUUUUUUCUUAACUCUGGGUACUGCUUACAUUUGUUUGCAUUAACUUUGCAUUCACCCAAGGUUGUAAAAAUGAAAAAGUGCAUGUAAUAUAUCAUCAGCUUUGACUAUAGCUGGACCAAUACCAUUUCCCACCUAUUUAUCUUGAUAUUAAUUUUCAUGUAAACUGGUUAUUUAAAUCCAUCCAUCCAAAGAAAAAGUUCAAUUUAGAUCAGAAAGUGUGAUGAUUUACUGUACAGCUAGUGAACAGAGGUUACUGUUAGGACUGGUGAAUUUGUUUUAUUAGAUAUUUUGAGGUCUAAGUGACAUUGUUUUAAUUGGAUGUCUGAUGUGGCCCUCUUUUUUUCCAAAUCCUAAUUUUUGGUGGGUUUGAAUGAAGGCUUUACUUAAGAAAUUAUAUUGAUAGGGGAUAUUACAUGUAUAUAACCUUCAAAUAAUGGAACUUGAGGUGUAGCACCCACGUGUAUUUGGAUGUACAGAUUUAUUACAGAGUACUUUUUCUUAAAAUGAAAUAUUCCGUAAACAAAUGUGUGGUGUUUUUUUGGGGGGGGUUUGGGGGGGGGGGGGCUUUUUGUCAUCUUGCUCACCAUUGCAUGAACGUUGAACUUUAUCAUAAUGUGUGUAUGUCAUGCUUUUUGUUUUUUUUUGUUGUUUCUUUCAAAAACUAAAUUUGUAUUUUUUUUUUGUUAACUUUUCCUGAACAGUUUAUGUACGUCUUCUAAAGCAGUCUUUCUUUAGAGUGUUCAUAUAAUAUAAAUAAACUUUUCAGACAAAUGUAUUCUUGCUUAUAAAUUAAGUGACCCUGAUAUACUGAACAGAGAUGUUUUUAGGAACCGUUCAUUAGCAGCUCUGGUCAACCCAUUGCUAUAUGUUCCACACAAGUUAAAAACAAGCUAAGUAAUGUCCGUGCAACCAUAUCUGCUUCCUUUCUGCAAGCUACAGUAGUAUUACACAAACAUUUGUAACUGUUCUACAAUCUUGUAAUACGACAUAGUAUCAAUUUCUAAAUCUGUUUUUAAAGGUUUUGUAAAUACAUUUGCAAGCAGAGGGAUUUUUUUUCGAAUGCAAUGUUUACCAUCUAAAGUUUAAUGUAUAAUACAAUAUCUUAGAGUGAAAAACUGAAUGUGCUGUAAAAAAAAAAAAAAAAAAAAAAUUAAAAUUACACAUUUUACUUGGCCACAUUUUUAAACAGUAUCUGAAAGGUGUUCAAUACUGUUUUAAAGUUACCAUCUUUUUUGUUUGAAUUUGUAAUAGAUCAUGUCAAUAGUAUCUUUAACAGUUCUGUGAAAACAGACCGUUUAUUGUCUGUAUAUUGAGUUCUUGCACUAGUAUCUUGCUAAAUUGAUUUAACUCUUCUGCAAGAAAAAUGGGCAGAAUAACAAAUGCUGAUAACCCCUGCUGAAUCGCGCUCAGUAGUUGUAAAAAUGUAGGGUUAAAAGAUAGUCUUCACUUAGUUUUACAUUUUCUUAUUUUUAUAACUAAAUCAUAGUUUGUUUUUGUUUUUAGGUGACUUACAGAUUUUACCAUUUUUACAUUCAUUUUCUAAAUAGAAACACAGUUUCAUUAAAUCAAUAGGUGUUUUUUCUUCAUAGGGAUGGGAGGGGCAAUACUAUUGAUUUUUUGUUAUGAUUGUUUAUAUUUCAUAUUCUGGAUGUCAACAUUAUUAGCACAUACUGGAAUUUGUGUAUUUUUUUGGUUAUAUCCGUGUUUUCUAUAUUUUCCAGAAAAUGCAGUGUGAGCUCAUGCAAUUUGAUUAAUAAAACAGGAAGAAAAAUACCUUGUUUUCUAUCUUUGCAAUAGCUUCUCCUUGGCACAUCUGGUGGAUUGUUAGAUCAAUUGUUUUUGCAAAGGACUAUGAGGGUGUUUUUUCCCCAUUGUAAUAAACUGGGCUGUAAACCUCA